AGCACACACAGUGUCGUGGCAUUCUCUUCCUUCUCUUCCCUUUUUUUUUCUCUCAAAAUGCCGACCUCAGCGAAAGGCGCAGCUGCGCACACGGCUGCUGACCUGGAUGCCAUGGAUGACAAACUGCGUCGUCUCGGACUCGAUGUGGAGCACAUCGGCGGUUCCGCGGCACCCGUUUUGCAGCGGCAGAGCAGCGACGACUAUCUGCGCCGCAUUCGCGCGGCCAAGGCUGAAAAGCAGCAGGCGCAGUUUGAUCGUGUGGCGCGGCAGGCCGUGGCCGUCGAGAAGCACCACUCCGUCAACGCUGCCACGGCUUCCGCGGGUAAAACGGCCGCCAUCCAAACAGCCGUGGAGACAGCAGUGACGGACAAGGCCCUCCUCGCGAGCGACAUUGCCGAGGUGACGGUGGGUGUGCGGCAAGACUUCCAGAAGAGCACCACACAGCAGAUACGCGCGGAGCGCAUGCUGCGGGCUGCGCAACUGGCGCCGCAGGUGCCACAGCUGCAGCCAGCACGGCAGUCGAGCAGCCUGAUCUCUUCGCCGCUCAGACAGGCAGCCAUGGACGCCGCUGCCGCGAACCACAGCAGCAAGGAGAUGGCUACGUGGUCGUCCACCGCUCUGGCCCGCGCAGAGGCGAAGCGGAAAGCAAUUACGCCGUGGUGCGUCGAGGUGGCGCAGGGUGUGGUGGAGUUGGCGAUGGAAGUGUCGGACCACCGCCACCUACCCGCCACAGGGCUCGCCGGCCAUCCCGUCUAUCGCCUUCAGCAAGACCUUGGCGUGACGCAGUGGCGGGACUGGGUGGAGGAGCUGGUGUUUGGGCGCGCCACAGCGGCGAGCACGGCGGCCGAGCUGCAGGCAAAAGCUGCGGAGGCGACGAGGGACGGAAGGGGCUCCGCGGGCGUCGAUGGCUCUGACGCCGCCGCCGAGGCCGCCUUCGCCGCUGCGCAGGCCGCAGCGGCGGAGAAGGCGGUGCAACUCGAAGCGAUGCGCUGCGUUGAGGUCGCCGCCAAACUCGACGGCGAGGAAGCCGCGCAGGUGCAGCAAAGGGCGGUGGCGUCUGUCUUGGCGAAGCUGCAAAGCGAGUUGGUGCGCCAGCGCAAAGCGGCUGAGGAGACGGUGCGGCGCGACGCGGACGAAGCACACUUCUCCCCAACUUCCAGUGUGGAGGGCGGCGGUGGUACGACCGCGGCGAAGCUGCAGCGGGAAGAGGUGCUUCCUGGGUGGGCGCAGCGGAUGCCGCCGGCGGGCUGUCUCGUCUACGGCGACGACCUCAGCGGUGUCCGUCUGCUGUCCGACACGAUUGAGGUGUGCAUGCAGCGCAGCCUCUACGCCGCCCUGCCAAACACAACGUCGACCAGUAGGGUGUUGCAUCACUCGUCCCACCUCACCGUGGCCGCGGCGGACUCCGCGGAGGAGUCGCAUCGUGGUGCGGCGGGGGAGGACCCGGAGGCUACCAACCCCGCUGCACUCCUUGGCAUCUCCGCCGGCUCCGACGACCCCUUCGCCCAGUUUACGGCGACCGAGAUCGGCGUCGAGCACGGCGACAGCGGGGAGAGCGGCAUCUCCGUCACCUAUGUCACUCCCAAGACGCUAAUGGGGACGGUGACGCUGACGGGCACCGGCGGUGACACUCGCCGCUCCGGGUCGGCUAACCGAGGAUCGCGCUCGCUAGCGCACGGCACCCCGAGCAGUGGGGCCACCGGCGGGGGGCCGCAGAGCAGCGCCGCUGCGAACAGCAACGCCGGCGGUGGUGGCAGCGCGGUCCGCGGCGGCAGGCGCGGCAGCGCCGUGGUGCUCGACGAGCGUCGCAGCGCGGAGCAGCAGUUGACCGAGGCGGCCGUGCGGGAGCUGGUGCGGGUGCACCGCCACAACCUCGGCGUGCUCGCCGGCGACAAAAUACCAACGUGGGCCCCCGCUACGCCGUCGCGGCACGCGUCCGUGCCAUCCGUCACCAUCGACGGCGAAGACAUCAUGACGGAAAGUGUGCGGCCCUCGCUGCAGACAGUCUUUCUCGUUGGCUUCCCUGACUCCGCCGCCUUCGCCGAGCACUUUGCCGACCGCCUGCGCAGUGCCACCGCCGCGGCGGAGGCGGAGCUGCUCGAAGCGGAGGCGCGCCGACGUGCGGCGGAGCAGCAGACAGUGGCUACCACCGCCGCAGACACCGGCAAGCAGCGCAGCCCGUCGACCAAGGGCUCCAAAGGAGCAGCGGCCUUCCCGUCGCGGCAAAAGGCGAGCCGCCUGCCCAAAGCCGCCGUCGAGGCGGAGGAGGACGCCGUGGCCACGCUGGCGGAGCAGCUGCGGCUCACCUUUGCCCUGCCACCGCUGAGUGUCCUUUCGGUUUUUCUGACCUACGACCUGCCCACACGUCAGCGCCGUGUCGAAGACGCCACCUUCUCACCUGAGCAACAACAGCAGCCGUUGCAGCAGCAGUCACGGGGGAUGAACGACAGCGCGGAGGAGGACAUCCUCGCCGCGACAGCCGCCACCAGCGCGGCGCGUGAGCUGAUGCACCCAGUGUACCACCCAUGGAGGGUAGAGGAGAAGGAGGUGGAUCUGAGUUACUCCGGGAGCCUCCGACGGACCGUCAGCGGUGGGCUGGGGGCCUCCGCGUCGUGGACCCCGGCACUGGCCUUUGCGCCUUCCGCCGCCCUACCGCACGGCUUUUCGCGCGCCGUGGACGCGUGGAGCGUGCCGUGUCUGCGCGCGGAGCUGGAGCAGCAGGAGGCACGUCAGCACCAGCAGCGGCAGGCCUGGACGGAAGCGGUGUCCGCGGCGCUGGUGAAAAGGUCCAGAGACGCCGUUAGCGGCGCCGCGAGUCCGCGUCGGGUGCCGGCGUCUUUUUGCGCGGCCGGGAAGCGGCGGGAGAAACCCUCGCAGGGCAGCACACCGCAGGAAGCCGAUCGCUCAUCCCAGCUGUCGCACCUGACGAGCCUGAACACGUCGUCUAGCAAGGCCACGGAGGGGGUGGCGUUCGUAACCAGCCCCGUCGGGCCAUCCGGGACGGCGGAGAGCGGGUUUAAGCUCGGCUCCGCGCAUCCGCUGCCACGCGCGCUCUUUUUCGUCCGCGUCCUCGACGUGAGUGAUGCUGCGGGGCCGACGGAAACGCUGAUGGACGCCGCGGCCGACGCGCACGCGCUGGGCAGGGCGGUGUGGGGCGGCUCCCUCGUGUCCGCUGUUUGCGCCGCUGCUGCUGCUGCGGGGGCAGCCGACAGCGUGGGCGAUUGCCGCAGCCUCGCCGCCCGUGUCGCCACCGUCGACCGGAUCCUCACGCAGUUGCAUCUGCUCUGCCGCCCAGCCGGUGGUCGCGUGCUGUCGAGCGACGUGCUCGUCUCACACCAGCUGCAGGAGCCGUUCCGUCUUGGCGACUACCGCCUGUCAGACAUGGCGUGCGUACGUCUUCGUCAGGUGCACGAUGUCUACGGCAGCGUCCUGCCCGAGCCCUCGAGCGUCCUUCGCCCUGACCGUGCGAGAGCGAAGCAGGGGAACUGCGUGGUGGCGGGGGCGACGACCGCCGCGCUGAAGGCGGAGGCAGAGUCGUGGGGGGCGGUGCUGCAGUACGCAGAGGAUUUGUUUUCUCUGAUUGCCUUUGACGUUUUUCGCGAUGACGACGACGACGUGAACAGUGGCAGCGGCACGGAGGACGAGGGACGGCGGUUAAUGGCGACGGUGAGUAUGCUGAACAGCACGGCCCGCUUCACGAACAUCGAUCGCAGCUACGCGCGGGCCAAGGACGCCAUCGCGCAGCACACGUCGCACGCCGCUGCACACAUUCAGGACUGCCUCGCACUGCUGCUGCGACUCUCCCUCGACGCCGGAGUCGCGCAGCUCGCCGCAACGUUGCGCCUCUUCUGCGCUGUCCUGGACCGCCAGAUGCACGCCAAAGUAGGUGUGCGCGGCAGCCCGCUCUCCCCCUCCGCCCUCGGCGACGGCGGCGUCGAGGAACGGCUGCUGCAGUCGGUUCCACGUUUGCCGGAGGAGGCGGCGCGUGCGCUCGUGGCGCUCCUGCACGUUCCGGAAGCGUCCGCCACACCGCAAGCACGUGAGGACGCGUGUGACCGGUUCGACCGGCAGCUAUCGCAGGUGUACGGGGCCGGGUUGAAGGCGGCGUUGAUGGACGUCAUGUCGCAGUACUUUGAAGAGCGUGCGUGCGAGCAGGCCGCCGCCCCCGCAGCAGACGCGCAGAACGGCGACUGCCCACAGGACACCGCCACCUCCGCUAUGAAGGCUGCCGCACAGAGCAUCCCGAUGGAGAACCUAUCUGCCAUCGCAGAGGUGAUGUUGGAGCAUGCAGCGACUGCGCGAGGCCCUUCCACGCGGCUGACGCUGGUCUUGCAGGAGCUGCAGCAGAAGACGCAGUCGCUGCACGACGGUGCCGAUGCGUGGGUGGAGCUGCUGUACCACGAUGCCCUGGCCGCACAGUGUGGCAACACGAUACAGCAGCGGCAGCAGCGGUGCCGCCGCCCACAGAGCAUCGAUCAACUCGCGGACGGUCCGCAGGCCGUCACAAGCUCUGAGGAGGCGGCCGUUGCAGCCGCGGCUGUCCUGCACAGCGACCCCUCGCCGCACGUACAGCCGAGUCGUUGGCAGUGUGGGGAGUUGGAGGUCUUCCUCGCCACGAUGCCGCCACCGGACGCGUCGGGUCUCGUGACGGCGACGUCCUUCCAGCGCGGCCUUCUGCAAAAUCAGCUUCCUCGCGUUUGGCGCUUUCUGCCCGACUUCACCGCGGCGCUGGCGGAGCAGGUGCAGUACACCGUCCCCCUGGCAUCGCCCUCCGCGGCAGAUGAAGCGCAUCAGCGGCGUCACUCGCGCUGCUUCGCGCAGACGCUCUCGUCGCUGCCUGACACGGCGCUGGACGCCUACCUCGUCUUCGACUGCCCCGGCAGGGCGUCCUACGUUGCGGCGCCGCCUCCACCCUUUCUGACGGCGGAACACGUGCGAUGUUUGUGCGCGCUCGCCACCGGUGACGGCAAAACUGGUGCGUCCACCUGCCCGAGCACACCGCUCAAAGCCGCCUUCCUUCAUCUCCAGCAGUGGCUCGUCGACGUCGCCCUCCAUCGGUGCUGCUUCUGCGAGGGUGGCUGCGUGUGCGCAGCCAGCGAGGCGCCAUCACCCAAGGCCAUCGCUGUCCACCACGACACAGCGCCGCUCUCGACCUUUACGCGUUGUGCGACGCGUCACGUCAUCCCUCCACCGAGCACGUGUGGGCUGCGGCAGGUCAUUUUCUCCCUUCCUGCCGAUGUACUCGGGCAGGUCCCCGCGUUCGGCACGGAGCCGUCACCCUCGAUGGUUUUUAUGCGGAGUGCGCUGCCGACAUCACCGCAGGUAGGCGAUGGAUGGAUGCAGACGCAGUGGUGGUGGUGGCCAGGCAAACCGCAUAGCGAUGUCCAGCACCCUCUCGACGAGGACGUGCGACACGACACGGCACUGUGCUGGGCGCUGUGGCGUAUUCUGCUGCGGCAGAGAGGUGGCAGCGAUUACGCGGUUUCAGCGAGUAGCGAUGUGGCGGCGGCAGCAGGGACACCCCCUCCCCUCGCCCCGUCCCUUCUGUCGUUGAUGCGUCUGUUGUUGGUCGGAGAUGCCGGCGACGCCAAUCCGCGCGAGGAACGGGUGCGGCGCGCCUUCCACUGCCUGGCGGCGCUGCGCGGCGUGCGGGCGGGCCAAGAUGAGUGGGGCACGGCGGACCACGACGACAACGCCAGUGUAGCGAUGGACAUUGAGGGGGACAUGGCGCUGACACGGGACGAGUAUGCCCUGCUCGGGGAGCUUCUUAUGCCGCCGGUCCACGUGCAGGCGGGGGAGUCGACGCCGCGGGGUGCGGCUGCGGCUGCGAUGAAGGGGACGGCCGACCUGAUCACGGAUGUGCAGCUGCUUUUGCAGGUGGAGAACACGGACCAGGUGAGCCUGCCGCUGCUUCUGUCAUCACGCUGGGCCCAGCUGCUGCUGGCGGCGCACUUCUAG